AUGAUCGUCAAUCAGAUGCUGAUCCGCCGGGCAGCUUUGCUGUCCUCCACAUCGCGACGAGCGUUCUCCACGACGGCGACUGCCUUCAACAACACACCUCAGCUCAAGCGAGAAGGACCGACCGCUCACAAAGGCGACAAGGACAAGUUUGACGAUGGCCGCGAUGACCCGCACUACCCUGGUGUCCAGCAGAAGAUCAAGGCCGCCAAAGAUCCCUAUCCCAACCGACCGAACGCGGACAGUCAGAACCCCGAGCCCGAAUCGCCUAAGGGCCACGAGGGUGCGUUUGCAGACCACCGAGGCCGAGGCCAGCGCGGCGAUGGCGAGCACCUCACCGGCUCCGAGGAAGCUGCUGAGACCCGCACUGUCGACCGUGUGGGCCAGAUGGCCAAGAACGCCGCCAAGUCUGUCUUUGGCUCGUCCGACAAGCGCUCCUUCUCCACCUCCAGCCGCGUUUUUGCUGAGCCGCCCACGCAGGCCGACCGCACCACGCCGGCGACCUCGCCGAAAGGCAGCAUGAACGAUCACCCCGGCUACACCACCGGCGAUGCACCAAUCGACUCCCGCUCCCCGUCCGAGAUGCCUGCACCCUCGGAAGACUCCAAGCCCUCGUCGACGACUGCCAAUGCGAGCACGAAGGCCGCCGAGCCGCACCCGGAUGUCCACGCCAUGGCCGACGGCGCCAACCAGCCAGGCGCCGGGAACGACGCCAUCCACCCCGAGGAGCGAUCGGUCAAGAACUGGGGCGCAAGCGCAAGAUCGGCCCAAUUCAACCCGGAGGAGGGUAAGAGAAUGCCGCUGCGAGACGGUGGCAGCCACGAGGGCGGAUUCAAGGAUAAGCCAAAGGGCAAAGGCAAGACUCGCAAGUCCCGCACUUGA